GAAAUCGAUAUUGUUCGAGAACAGAUGAAUAAGCUUACGCAUAUGUCAAUCUGGAUGAAUUUAUUACCAAGCCAAAGAGAUGACAUGUUUGGAGGCAGCAAGAAGCUACGGAAGUACUGGAUGCACCUUUCUCAAAAGCUUGCUGCCCAAGACGCAGAGGAUACAGAAGAAUCACGAAAAGCGCAGUUUGAACGAAACUACUUAUGGAACCUGAUUGCUCGUUUUAAGCGCACUCUCGAUCGAGUGGACGAUGAAUCGAAAGAAGUUGAUUUGGAAGACAUCCGAUAUUGUGAGAGGUUCAUUGAACUAGUAAUUGAUCUUGAAGCUCUUCUUCCUACAAGGAGAUUUUUCAAUGCACUAUUGCAUUCUUCGAAGCUCAUAACCCAUUGUGUGCUCUCAAAACUGAUCUCAUCUGAAGCUGGGUCUUUAUUUUGUCAACUGGUUGAAAUGCUUAAAUUUUACGCAAGAUUUGAGAUAAACGACAUAACGGGCCAGCAGCUCACCAAUAAGGAAGUUUCUGAUCGACAUUAUGAGCAUAUGGUGCAGCUACAGAAGGCAGCGUUU